CUCAACUCCAACUAGUACUUUCUUCUGUAAAGUCUCAUCAUUCCCGCUUCAACUCUUUUCGAUCCAAAAUCUAGGGUUUUGAAGUAAUAAUCAUUUCCAGAUCUAGGGUUUCAAAUCUCCCAUCUCUCUCUCUCUCUCCAGUCAUGGCCGUCCAAGCCUCACGCCAAGCCUCAUCAAAAACCGAGUCCUACGUGGACAACAAGCGCAAGGAAGACAUCCGCCGCGCCAACAUCGUGGCCGCACGGGCCGUGGCCGACGCCGUCCGGACCAGCCUGGGCCCCAAGGGCAUGGACAAGAUGAUCUCCACCGCCUCGGGCGAGGUCAUCAUCACCAACGACGGCGCCACCAUCCUCAACAAGAUGGAGGUCCUCCAGCCCGCCGCCAAGAUGCUCGUCGAGCUCUCCAAGUCCCAGGACGUCGUCGCCGGCGACGGAACCACCACCGUCGUCGUCAUCGCCGGCGCUCUCCUCAAGCAGUGCCUCUCCCUCCUCGACGCCGGCAUUCACCCCACCGUCAUCUCCGAUGCUCUCCACAAGGCCUCGCUCAAAGCCGUCGACGUUUUGACCGCCAUGGCUGUGCCGGUCGAGCUAUCGGAUCGAGAAUCACUCGUAAAGUCCGCCAGUACUUCACUCAACAGCAAGGUGGUAAGUCAGUACUCUACUCUCCUCGCCCCUCUUGCUGUAGACGCUGUGCUGUCUGUUGUGGACCCCGAAAAACCCGAUUUGAUCGAUCUCCGUGACGUCAAGAUUGUGAAGAAGCUCGGAGGGACAGUGGACGACACUGAGCUUGUAAAAGGUUUGGUAUUUGAUAAAAAGGCGAGUCACGCUGCUGGAGGUCCAACUAGGGUUGAUAAUGCGAAAAUUGCUGUUAUUCAGUUUCAGAUUUCGCCCCCUAAGACGGAUAUAGAACAAUCUAUUGUUGUUUCGGAUUAUACCCAAAUGGAUAGGAUUUUGAAAGAGGAGAGGAAUUAUAUUUUGGGUAUGAUUAAGAAGAUUAAGGCUACUGGGUGUAAUGUGUUGUUGAUUCAGAAGAGUAUUUUGAGGGAUGCUGUGACUGAUUUGUCGCUGCAUUAUCUUGCGAAAGCCAAGAUUAUGGUGAUAAAGGACGUUGAGCGCGAUGAGAUAGAGUUCAUUACAAAGACUCUCAACUGUCUGCCUAUUGCUAACAUUGAGCAUUUCCGCGCUGAGAAGUUGGGUUAUGCGGAUUUGGUUGAGGAGGCUUCACUUGGGGAUGGGAAGAUUGUGAAGAUUACAGGAAUCAAGGACAUGGGUCGGACCACGACUGUGCUUGUUCGUGGGUCGAAUCAGUUGGUCCUUGAUGAGGCAGAGAGAAGCUUGCAUGAUGCUCUCUGUGUUGUGAGGUGUUUGGUCAAUAAGAAGUUUCUGAUUGCAGGCGGUGGUGCACCAGAGAUAGAGCUUUCGAGGCAGUUGGGUGCAUGGGCUAAGGUUUUGCAAGGGAUGGAGAGUUACUGCGUGCGAUCUUUUGCAGAGGCACUUGAAGUUAUUCCCUAUACCUUGGCGGAGAAUGCAGGUUUGAACCCAAUAACAAUUGUUACAGAGCUUAGGAAUCGGCAUGCGCAGGGCGAGAUCAAUGCUGGAAUCAAUGUGAGGAAGGGGCAGAUUACUAACAUCUUGGAAGAGAAUGUGGUACAACCUUUGCUAGUUAGUACUAGUGCAAUUACUCUUGCUACGGAAUGUGUGCGGAUGAUCUUGAAGAUUGAUGACAUUGUCACAGUUAGGUAGAUUGCGCUGUUGCAUUACCGUGUUGGAGACUGAAAAACUUUUUGCCUUGUUAAAUUUCGGUGUGUGCUGCUACUAUGUUUGCUUUGCUUUCUUCUGAGGUCUUCUUUGUUGCAUUUCACGUCUAUUGAAUUUUGUCCGUGGUCUUUUCAGAAGUGCACGUUUAUUUUGGUCA